CUCCCCUAUCAUCAUGUGCAUUUGCAACUUUGAUGGUGAUAAGACGUUACAAAAAUGCAUGUAUCACGGAGUUCGGUGUCGCAGGUGCGCUCGGAAGGUAUCGCUCGACAUGUGUCUCACACUCCCACACGGCAGCGCUGCGCCCCAGCUCGGCUUCUUAGGCACGCAGCGACACGAUCUGGAGACGUAGCACCAGUCGCGAAACUCGGGUCUGCAGCGAUCCAGGCUCCCGUGGAGCAGACCGCUGCGUUGGGCGUGCAACACCCAGCUGCCUCCUGCCCGGCGUCCGUCAGUCGACGUGCCCUGCUGAGCGGCGCUGUCGCGCUGGCGGCCGCUCCUCUGGCAAACCCUGCGAACGCUCUUCCGCUUGGACCCCUCGGACCUGUGAAGCGCGUUGGAGGCGACAAGCGCACCGGCUUGACGGCGGAAGAGGUGGCGGCCGUCCUGCGGCGUGACCUGGAGGUGGGACAGUACUUUGUGACGGGGGACCUGACGAGGGAGAUUUUCGCGGACGACUGCAGGUUCAUUGACCCCACCAACGACGUGACGGGGCUGUCCAAGUACCUCACCGCUCUCAAGGUGCUGUUCGACCCGGCCUAUAGCAAGGUGCAGCUGCUGUCCAUUUCCGCCAGUGGGCCCCGCACCGUGGAGGCGGACUGGCGGCUGGGCGGCUACCUGGUGUUCCCCUGGAACCCGCGAGUGGAGCCGUUCAAGGGGCACACGGUGUACACGCUCAGUGACGAGGGCCUGAUCGUGGAGCAGCGGCAGACGUGGGAGAAGAGCGCCGCGGAGGCGCUGAGGGAGAGCUUCACGCCCACAGCCGGGCCGCGUCAGCAGCUGUUCUGAGCGGCAGCAGCUGUCCUGAUCUGAUAACGGUGUUUGCUAGCGGCAGAUGCAGGAUCCGGCGCAGGAUCCGGCAGCUUCUUGGCCCCAGGCAGCAUGUCAGCGUGCGGUGCUUCGUGGAUGUCGGCAAGGGGGCAUCGGACUCGCACGAGGGGCGUAUGAGGGUGAGCCGUGAGCACACGGUACGGAUUUUAGUCCCGGGUCUGGUUGCGACGCACUGGACUGGGGCGGACCGGGUGCCAGUGAGGACUGGUGCGAUCGGACAGGGUCAGCAGGACUUGCUGGCAGGCUGGUAGUUUGCUGACGCGCACUCCUCACGCUCCACGAGGACGUGUGUGUGUGUGAGGGCGCUGGCCUGUGAUGGCGAACGGGACACAGAUGCACAGGAGCGGGGUGGCGGCGGGUAGAUGGGUGCUGGGCAGCGCCGCUCCAUGGCUGGGCGCUGGGGCGCGAUGCGCUAUCUGGCCACUGUUGGCACCAGGGUUUGCAUCUUCCGGGAGUGGCACACGACCGUAGGCAUUUGCGGGCCCGUGGAUGCCGUGGGCGAGAACGUGGUGUGGGCGGAACGCGGAAGUUCUACAACACACAAGUAUAUAACGGAACACGCCCUGGGGCAUCUUGAUGUGGCUUUUGCCGACUAUACUGCUAAACGUGGUUAGGGCACUUCUAGCCAGCGGCGGCGGCCUACCCCUGGAAGCCCUGGUUGGCACCUGCGCCCACCGCCCCGAGGCAAGCAGGAACACCAAUACGCAGAGGGCUGGCGUGCUUGUAAUUGUGCAUCUUG